AUGGCUGAAAACAAAAAACUUUGGCCUGAGCCAGUUCCUGACUGGCCUCGAGCAAAGGAAAUUUGGAAAUGGGGGUGGCCAUUUCACAUAUAUUUCUUCACAGUGUUGUAUUGCCUCGUCGUAAUUCGUGGUCUUUACAUAUUGAUUAGACAGGGUAAACAGGAGCUUUUUCGCAGGAGUCAUCGCUUCUUGAUGAACGCGCUUCUCUUGGUAUUUGGAAUAAGCCGAACCGUGUUUUUGAUCUGGAACCCCUACGGAUCCGGGACAAACGAGAGCAAAGCAGAACUGGUCGCUUGUAUUAUAACACUUAGUAUCGGUACUGCUUGCAUAACGGCAGCAAUUAGCUUUUUAUUGUUAAUCGUGCUGGAAAGCACUCGAAUCUCUGUGGCUCCUAGCAAGGUUCAAAACCGAGCGUUUCUUCUCGGAGUUUUCGUGAUUAACGUGCUGUACAUCAUCAUGUCCGAUUUAAUCGUGGCGCAUUUUCAUGAAGCUAAAGUAAUGAUACUAAUCUGCCAAGUUGCUUUUGCUCUCUGGGGAAUUCUCGUUGCCCUUGGUUACGCUUUAGCCGCAGCAAGAUUGUGGAGGAACUUUAAAUCAACGCGCCAAUCUGCUCAGUAUAACCCUGACCUCGCAGCCGAUGGAAAGAAAUUCACCAAGCUGGUUAUACUACUGUACUUGGCUUCCUUUUGUGGCAUGGCUAUGUUCUGCACCAUUGUGUACUCCGCUCUGGGUGAUACAGGGGUCUACAAUGAGACAGCGAUCGUCAGCAACUGGCCGUGGAUUGCAGUGCAAACGUUGAUGCGGUCAUGCGAGACUUUUAUGUGUCUGCUCAUUUUUGGCAUCGCGCUUAAAACAAAUACUGGCUCAACAACGAAAAACAAUAAAGUGGACUGUGUGGAAUCAAAAGCGUGA